AUCAUAGCAUUUCUUUAGGGGAGGUUUGAUCCUGGAUGCAUCUGCAGCUCAAAACAUCAACCUGUGAAAAGCUACAACGCCUUAGCAGAAUGCUCAGCCCGUCUGCUUGACAGAAUACAGCGUAGCGCUGAUCUAUUGGUUAUUUUUGGAGAUUUUUUUUGAUGAAGGUGAUUAAUUAGGUGAAGCUAACACCUCAGCUACUAGAGGACUUCUGGGUAAAAUAUAUUCACAAGAACUUUUUAUCUUAAAUGGAAAAUGUAUGCAUUUUAUGUAGCGUUCUGGUUUAGUUUCUGCUCUGAGGGAGUUAUUCUUUCACCAACUGGCCUUUAUAUGAGGGUAUACGCCAGUUAACGUAAUCGAUUACUAAAUUAGUUGCCAAUUAUUGAAAUAAUUGAUUAAUCAAAAUUAAUCUGAUUAAUCAAUUAACUUCUAGUCAGUUUUCUUUUCUUGUGACCUCUGGUCAUGAUGUUGGCGCUCUCACAGGCUUUGGAAGAGAAAAAGGUCCACAGAGUCACAGAAUACUCCAGUCAACGAUUAACUGAUUGCUAAAUUAGUUGACAAUUAAAGUGAUUAAUCGUUUCAGCCCACAUUGCUCGCAGCUUGGGUGGAGGCAGCAUUAUGCCUGGGCUCAUGGUGCCUGUAGGAAGCGUGGGUCUGAUGGCGGACCCCACCCUCAACGCCUCCACUUGGUCCCGCCCUUCUGUGAACGCCUCAUCCCAGUAUCCAAUCGGAGCAUACGGCACUGCCGAGCUGAUCCUGGUUGUCAUGGCAACCGUCUCCCUUAGCGUUCUAACAGUUGUCGGCAACACGCUGGUCAUCCUGUCCAUCAAGGUGAACCGCCACCUGCAGACCGUCAACAACUACUUCCUGUUGAGCCUGGCGGCCGCCGACCUGUUCAUCGGCCUGCUGUCCAUGAACUUGUACACGAUGUACCGACUGCGGGGCCGCUGGCCGCUGGGGGCCGCGCUCUGCGACACCUGGCUCGUCCUGGACUACGGGGUGAGCAACGCGUCGGUGCUGAACCUGCUGCUGAUCAGUUUGGACCGCUACCUGUGCACAACAUGGCCGCUCAGCUACCCGGUGCAGCGGACGGGCCGCGUGGCGGGCCUGAUGAUCGGCGGCGCCUGGCUGCUGUCAUUCCUGCUUUGGGCGCCCGCCAUCUUGUGCUGGCAGAGCGUCGGCGGCCGGCGGGUCAUCCCGGACGGACACUGCUACAUCCACCUCCUGGCGAGCCCCGCCGUCACGCUGGGCACCACGCUGUCGUCCUUCUACCUGCCGGCGCUCGUCAUGAUCGGGUUGUACAGCCGGUUGUCGGCCGCCAGCCGCCGCAGGCUGACUUGUCUUCAGGCGGAGCAGGGGACGCCUAAGACGGGGGACCCGCCGGUGAAAGGCUUCACCUGGAAACGACGCAGCUGGAUGGCCAGCAACCUGGGCUCUGAUCUGUCUCUGAACCAGCGGGGAAGUCCGGCGAACAGCUGUAAACGCCUGCAGCCGCUCUCCCGAACCUCCUCAUGUGCAGCGGGAGACGAAGACGCCUUAUCGAUCACCGACCUCCACAGCUCGGCCUCCGCGGCGCUGACCUCCUGCCCCAGCUUCCGGUCCCAGGAGCGGAGGAGGCGCCGGGUGAUGGCGCGGGAGAGGAGGCUGACCAACACCAUCCUCGCCAUCUUGUUGGCCUUCAUCAUCACCUGGACGCCCUACCACGUCAUGGCGGUCAUCGCCGCCUUUCGUCACAUCCGAAUCCCCGACGCUCUGUGGACUACGGGCUACUGGCUGUGCUACGUCAACAGCACCAUCAACCCCUGCUGCUACUCGCUGUGCAACGUCACGUUCCGGAAAACCUUCUGCUGCCUGCUGAGCUGCCGCACCCGGAAGCUGCAUUAACGCGGAAACAGGUGAAACAGGAAGCAGGUGUUUACCGUGACGUAUUAGUAGAACGAAGAUGGAGUUAACGUCCGCCAAAUAACUCAGAAAAUGUCCGAGUCUAAAACAUUCUUCUUUCGAAACUCAGAAAUGUAAAUGUUUUUCUAGAAAAUUGUUCUGAGAUUAAUCUGAAUAUUUCCGAAUUGUAAAUGCUAUGUAAAUUUGCAUCAGGUAUUUAGCACAGCAUAUUAUGAGGUAGGAAAAAAUGAGUAAAUUUUUUUCAAAGGACUCAAUUGUCCAAAAGUCUUAAAUUUUUUAAGUAUUCAAUUAAAAGGAGCAUUUUGGGCCUUUAAAACUCAUUAAUGUAAAUGUUUUUCUAUAAAAUGUCUGAGAUCACUGUGAAAAUUUGUUUUUCAAGAAAAUUUUUGACUUUUCAA